UUUGCCAAGUUCGGCAGCUACGACUGCAACUUUUGUAAUCCGUUUCGAACUUUUACUGAAAAUAUCCAAUAUUUAUCCAAAAACUAGUGUAAAUUUUAUCAAUUCAAAGAGCCUAGGUGCUCUCGUUUCGCGGUACAGUAAAUUCAACUGCUAAAACCUUUUCGGAUACCGGAAAAUUACAGAUUACAAAACACCGAUUUUUUUUUGCCAACAUUGUGAAAUCGGUGAGAAAACAAUAUUUCGUGUCCGAAUUUAAUCUUUCGUUUCCGCUGAAGCCCAUCAGUAAAAUCGAACGUUCCCCAGCAACGAUGGCCGAUUUACCGAAAUUGUCUCGCUCUAUGCGUGCCAACACGGACCUUGACGUUCGCCGGGAACUCGCACAGCUGCCAGAGGAACGGCCUACACUGCAGGUGUUCCGGAGCAAAGAAGCAAAAAGCGGUGUUUCCUGGAAGGAGCUUAAAUUGUUCAUCGAACGACGUGGAAACCAAACGAUGGCCUCGGUGGUCAUCAACAAGUUGCGGGACCUUUGGGGUCACUGCCGGGAGAUGCUAGGUUCCGAGGAAAACUCGGCCCUGGUCGAUGAGGCUGCCAUAUUUGUGCUUCGCUUGUUCCUGGACCAGAAAAUCGUUAUGCUUAAGCACACAUCUCGGCUUAAGAAAAUGUUCGGCCAGGUGCCAAAUGCGCUGAUUAAUAAAAUGUGCGCCUUGGUUUACGAAAUCAGUCAGCAGUUAGACGACGAAUGUCGAAAGUACUUGGAAGAAACUGAAAAGGAUGGAAACGAGGAAGCCGCUACACGUUCCUUGUGGGGUUCACACAUCAAAUGUAGCGUUCCGGGUGGGCUGAGCGAAAAUUUCUCUCUUCUGACGGAUCUUUCCCCGGCUCUCCCACAGCAAACGAAAUCGGCGGCAACCUUUUCGAUGAAAUACGACAUUCGAAAAAACGAACAACCUCAAACAACAUCCUCAUCAUCUCAAGCAGGGUCCGAAGAAAAGUUCACUCGCUCCUGGCUGGCCAAACGGAUGCCCCCGGAUUUGAUAGACAAUUUGGUUGAAUUGCUCAAAUCGAGCAAAAGCAAUGACGAACUACAGAAUGAUCUGUUCGACUUCCUGGGCUUCGACAAGUUCGAGCUGAUCGAAGAGCUUCUGCAAAACCGGAAGCAGAUUAUCGAACGGGUGAAGGCAGCCGCACAGAUUAACAAUUUCAUGGAGAAAGCAGCCAAAAAGCUAGAAUCAAUGCAACAUGCUCCAUCUUAUUUGAUGCCGGUGAUGAUUCAGUCAGAAUCGGAGAAACAAUUGCGCAAGCAAGUUACAAAAGAGGAGAAAAAGCUAAAGAAAAUUUUGAAUGUUGUUGGCAAUGGAGAUGAAGUGGAGGAUAAGCUAGACCCAGUGAAGAUGCGAUUAAACUAUCAGCAGAGUUUGCUGGUAGCAGCCCAGAUGGCUCCCCUUUUGGACGAGAAACCGUUUAGGAAUGCUGUAGCUCCAAGACCGGCAAAACCAAUCAAGUAUCCGAAUGUGUAUGACUCGUACAGUGAAGCCAAAGCCCACGUUGGUUUCAUUGCCGGAGGGAAACUUUUGCUGCCGGACAAUGUAGAACGUAAGGAUAGCAAGAUGUAUGAAGAAGUAAAAAUCCCGGCUACGGAACCUCCACCGCUUUCUAUUGGGAAUAAUCGUAUCCAGAUAAGCAGUUUAGAUGAGAUCGGUCAGGUGGCUUUCAAGGGAUGCAAGGAGCUAAAUCGCAUUCAAAGUAUAGUUUACCCGGCCGCUUAUCAUAGUAAUGAGAAUUUGCUCGUAUGUGCACCAACUGGUGCCGGAAAGACCAAUGUUGCAAUGUUAACGAUUGUAAAUACAAUUCGUCAGUUCGUGGACCAGGGCGUUAUACACCGCGACCAAUUCAAGAUCGUUUAUGUCGCUCCAAUGAAAGCGCUGGCUGCAGAAAUGACUAGCAAUUUCGGUAAGAAAUUGGCACCACUCGGGUUAUCCGUUAGAGAGUUGACGGGUGAUAUGCAAUUGACCAAAACAGAAAUGCAACAGACUCAAAUGAUAGUAACGACACCGGAAAAGUGGGAUGUUGUGACCCGAAAAGGAGCAGGUGAUGUUGCCUUCAUCAGCUUGGUAAAAUUGCUCAUCAUAGACGAAGUGCACUUGCUUCACGGAGAACGUGGUCCAGUCGUCGAAGCUUUAGUUGCUCGAACCUUACGGCUGGUGGAAUCGUCUCAGAGUAUGAUUCGUAUAGUAGGUUUAUCUGCUACUCUUCCAAACUACAUUGACGUAGCACGAUUCCUAAGGGUCAACCCGAUGAUCGGUUUAUUCUUCUUCGACUCACGCUUCCGACCCGUCCCACUGAGUACAAAUUUCAUAGGAGUGAAAUCUCUGAAGGCUUUGCAACAGCUAGCCGAUAUGGACACAAUUUGCUACGACAUGUGUAUCGAUAUGGUAAGACAGGGUCAUCAGGUGAUGGUCUUUGUUCACGCUCGAAACGCUACCGUGCGGACGGCCACCAUAAUCAAAGAAUUCGCUCAGCAAAAAGGUCACAGCCAACUUCUGACUCCCGAGAGCAAUCCGGAAUAUGGGAAUGCAUUGAAAGCAAUGUCGAAAAGUAGAAACAAGCAACUGGUCGAACUGUUCCAAAACGGUCUAGCAAUGCAUCACGCGGGAAUGUUGAGACCAGACCGUAAUCUCGUUGAAAAAUACUUCUCUGAUGGAAUUAUUAAAGUUUUAGUUUGUACUGCCACCCUAGCUUGGGGAGUUAAUUUGCCUGCCCAUGCUGUUAUCAUAAAAGGUACAGAGAUUUAUGAUUCCAAACAUGGAACAUUCGUUGACCUAGGUAUCCUGGACGUGUUGCAGAUUUUUGGUCGUGCUGGCCGGCCGCAGUUCGACAAAAGUGGUGAAGGCACAAUUAUCACCACCCACGAUAAACUUAACCACUAUCUUUCGCUGCUUACGAAUCAGUUCCCUAUUGAGUCGAAUUUUAUUCAAUGCCUAGCUGAUAAUUUGAACGCCGAAGUCACUCUUGGAACUAUUUGCAACAUCGAUGAAGCAAUUGAAUGGCUGAGUUACACAUACCUGUUCGUACGAAUGCGAAUGAAUCCUCAAUGCUACGGUUUGAACUAUCAGGAUUUGCAAGAGGAUCCGACACUGGAAAAGAAACGACGUCAGUUGAUUCACACGGCUGCCAUGGCACUGGACAAAGCACGUAUGGUGAGAUACAACGAGCGAACGGGAGAUUUGAACGUCACCGACCUCGGCCGGACGGCGUCACAUUUCUACAUCAAAUACGACACCGUAGAAGUUUUCAACGACCUGAUGAAACCGAUAAUGAACGAGGCGGACAUUCUAGCCAUGAUGUCCAAUGCACAGGAGUUUGAGCAGCUUAAAGUGCGAGAUGAUGAGAUGGAUGAACUGGACGAGUUGACACGCAUUUGCUGCGAACUUCCUGUUCGAGGGGGCAGCGAAAAUAUUCACGGAAAGGUCAACAUUCUGAUGCAAACUUAUUUGUCCAAGGGAUUUGUGCGAUCGUUUUCUUUGAUUUCGGACAUGUCGUACAUUACGCAAAAUACCGUCCGAAUAGCGAGAGCCCUAUUCACCAUUGUCUUACGUCAGAAUAAUCCAAUUUUAGCUGGAAGAAUGUUGAACAUCAGUAAAAUGUUUGAAAGACAAAUGUGGGAGUUCAUGACGCCAAUGCACCAGUUUCCAAUUCUACCAUUUGAAGUCAUCGAUAAGUUGGAACAUCGUGGCCUUAGUAUCCUUGCGCUGAGAGACAUGGAUCCGAAAGAAAUUGGCGAUAUGCUGCGAAAUCAUCGACAUGCAGUGGUGGUGAAACGUUGCGCCGAAGAGUUUCCACUGUUGGAAAUCGAAGCCUCGCUGCAGCCCAUUACGAGAACCGUACUUCGUAUUCGAGUUUUUAUAACCCCCGCCUUUAAAUGGAAUGACCGAGUCCACGGUAAAACGGCUGAAAACUUUUGGAUAUGGAUCGAGGAUCCGGAAAGCAAUUUUAUCUACCAUUCCGAAUUUUUCCAAAUGACUAAAAAACAAACGAUUCGCAAAGAAGUUCAGGAGUUAGUAAUGACCAUUCCACUCAAGGAUCCUCUUCCACCACAGUAUUAUAUAAGGGCAACCAGUGACACCUGGUUAGGAAGUUCCAAUCUGGUACCUCUCUCGUUCAAACAUCUUAUCCUACCGGAAGUACAUCCACCACACACGGAACUGCUACCCUUACAACCACUCCCGGUAACGGUGCUUAACAACCGGAAAUACGAAGCCCUUUACAAGUUCACCCACUUUAAUCCAAUCCAAACGCAAAUCUUUCACUGUCUCUACCACACAGACAACAACGUGCUACUGGGAGCACCAACGGGCUCCGGAAAAACAAUCGCGGCCGAAGUGGCCAUGUUCCGGGUAUUCAACACCCUGCCAUGGGGCAAAGUGGUCUACAUUGCUCCCUUGAAGGCUCUGGUCAAAGAACGUAUCGAUGAUUGGAAAGUGCGGCUCGAGCAAAAGCUGGGCAAAAAGGUGGUGGAACUCACCGGUGACGUUACUCCUGAUAUCAAAGCCAUUCGGGAGGCUCACGUUAUUGUGACAACCCCAGAGAAAUGGGACGGUAUCAGUCGGUCCUGGCAAACACGUGAUUACGUGCGAGACGUAGCACUAAUCGUUAUCGACGAAAUUCAUCUGCUCGGAGAAGAUCGUGGCCCUGUUUUGGAAGUAAUAGUUUCUCGAACAAAUUUUAUUGGAUCUCACACGGAACGAACACUGAGAAUCGUCGGUCUUUCGACGGCAUUGGCCAACGCUAGGGACCUUGCCAACUGGCUGGGAAUCGGUAUGAUGGGACUGUACAACUUUAAACCAUCUGUACGACCGGUUCCUCUUUCGGUGCAUAUUCAAGGUUUCCCCGGGAAACAUUACUGUCCGCGAAUGGCCACAAUGAAUCGACCAGCAUUCCAAGCGAUUCGACAAUAUUCCCCGUGCACUCCGGCACUGAUUUUUGUAGCCUCUCGAAAACAGACUCGCAUUACAGCCCUUGAUCUAAUAGCAUUCCUGGCCGGCGAAGACAAUCCCAAACAGUUUCUGCACAUUCCGGAACAGGAAAUGGAACAAAUUCUCUCCAGCAUCAAAGAUAACAACCUAAAGCUCACACUAGCCUUCGGUAUCGCAAUCCAUCAUGCCGGUUUGCAAGAACGAGAUCGCAAAACUGCCGAGGAACUGUUCCUCAAUCGUAAAAUACAAGUACUGAUCGCUACUGCUACCUUGGCCUGGGGUGUCAACCUUCCGGCUCACUUGGUCAUCAUCAAAGGCACCGAGUAUUUCGAUGGUAAACUGAAACGCUACGUCGAUAUGCCGAUAACCGAUGUACUGCAGAUGAUGGGACGUGCAGGUCGACCGCAAUUCGGCAACGAAGGUAUCGCUUGCGUAUUUGUGCACGAUGUCAAGAAAAACUUCUACAAAAAAUUUCUGUAUGACCCCUUCCCGGUUGAAUCCAGUUUGCUUGAGGUGCUACCGGAUCAUGUCAAUGCAGAAAUUGUUGCCGGUACAGUUCAGACUAAACAAGGGGUCUUAGAUUACCUAACCUGGACCUAUUUCUUCCGACGGUUGCUCCGCAAUCCUGCUUAUUACAAUUUGGAAGACAUCGAACAAACCCAGGUCAACUACUACCUUUCUCAGUUGGUACAAAAAGUGUUGGACAUUCUGGCGGCAGCCGGAUGCCUCGAGUUUGCUGACGAUGGCCGAGGAUUGAUUCCCACUUCGAUGGGUCGAAUUUCAUCCUAUUACUACAUGUCGCACCAGAGUAUGAGACACUUUGCCGACAGACUUAGGCACGAUAUGAACUUUGAGGAACUGCUACGAGCCAUGGUAGAUGCGUGGGAGUUUGAGCAGCACCCUGUUCGACACCAUGAAGAUGUUUACAAUACUGACCUCGCCAAGCUUUGUCGAUUGAAGAUCGAUCCCCUGUCGGUGGAUAAUCCCCAUACCAAAGUGUUCCUGUUGAUGCAGGCUCAUCUUUCGCGAGUACCGCUGCCAAACUCGGACUACGGAACCGAUACGAAAUCUGUUUUGGACCAAUCGAUUCGGAUUAUUCAGGCUAUGAUUGACAUUACGGCGGAAAAGGGUUGGCUGGCCAGCACACUCCGCAUCCAGCAGCUGAUGCAGUGCAUCAUCCAAGCCCGCUGGAUCGAUGAUCCGGUAGCGUUGACCCUACCACAUGUAGAUCCGCACAACGCUCACAUAUUUACACAUGUGAAACUCGACCACCCAUUCCUUACAUUGCCGGCGUUGAAAGAAAAGUGCCACCGAAACUACGAGAACCUCGCGCGACCACUGCGCCAAGAAUUCGAGGAACAGGAAAUCGAACAAAUCUACAAAGUGCUUUGCUCGUUACCUUCCAUAAACCUGCAACUUUCGAUCCGUGGCCCAUUCGGAAACGGUCAGAAUGCCGAUCGACCUAUCCAACAACCUCAGAACCGCGAUACCUGGUUGGAGCUUUACGCCGAACAGGAGUACGUGCUGAACGUUCAAAUGAUCCGGCUGGGCAGCUUCGAAACGCUCAACAUCCACUGUCCAAAGUUCCCCAAGGGAAAGGACGAAGGAUGGUUCCUCACGCUAGGCCACCAGGCCGAGGCCGAACUGAUCGCCAUGAAGCGAUGCGUCUAUCGGAGCAACAAGAGCUCGCAUCAGUUGAGCUUCGUGGCCCCUAGGAGAUUGGGUCGUUGCAUCUACACGGUUUAUCUGAUGUCCGACGGCUAUCUGGGGCUGGAUCAGCAAUACGAUAUCAAUUUGGAGGUAGUACCGCCGCCGCCAAAUCAGAACCUCUUCACCGGUGGCGCUAGUGAAGAAUUCCUAUCUAUGUGGAACGAUAAGCUGUAAACAAACACUAUACUUUGGACCCACACAAAUACACAUGCUGGUUCCAAAGUCUGAACAACAACAUUAACUACAAUGUGAUUCGUUAGAUAUUGCUUGUACUAGCAAUUGAUAGUUCUGUUUUUCUUUUUAUACGCUGUAUAUUGUUUAUCUACUGAAAAUAAA